CUGGGUCCCAUCCCGGAGAUUGUGGGGGAUCCCAGCAAUCGGACCCCAAACCGCAAAAUGCAAAUGCCGUGAUUAUCCCCUAUUCUGUGGAUUUUACUUAAAAAUUAGAUCUUAUGAGACCUAUUAUUUUCCUAGGUCAGUGUUUCCCAACCAGCAUGCCUCCAUCUGUGGCAAAACGACAACUCCCGGCAUGCCUGGACAGCCAAAGGCUCCUUCCAGUUCCCCGCACAGAGCUGCUGCAGAACAAGGAACAGCAUGUUGUACUUCCCUAAAUGUCACAAUAAAGAUAUACAUAACAAAUCCCAGGAGAAUAAAGAUGUCCACAAUAUUCUACCUGGCACUCCUCAAUCUUUUGAUAAUGAGAAGAUGGGUUCUCCACCAUGGAAAUCUUCCCCAGAUGCAAAUCCUCCAGAACCUAAGUUCUUGGUCCCACCUGGCCUAGAACAUUUGAGCAAGAUACAUCACAUUAUUAUUCACCAAGAGGUUGAACUCUUAGGAGUUUUUCUUGGAACUGAGAAAAGCAACAAGUAUGAAAUAAAAGAUAACUUUGGACAAAGACUUUAUUUUGCAAGAGAGGAAAAUAUCUACCUCAAUAAAAACCUGUGUGGACCAUUGAGGCCUUUCACCAUGCACAUUGCUAAUAACACGGGCCGGGAAGUAAUCAAGGUUAUUAGGCCCUUGAGGUGCAUUACUUGCUUCUUUCCCUGCUACUUGCAAGAGCUCGAAGUACAAGCUCCUCCUGGGACAACUGUUGGUUUCAUUGUCCAGAAGUGGGAUCCUCUUCUGCCAAAGUUCACAAUUCAGAACGAGAGUAAGGAAGAUGUAUUGAAGAUUGUUGGUCCAUAUUUAACAUUUCGCUGCUUAGGUGAUGUCAAUUUUGAGGUUAAAACAUUAAAUGAAAACUUAAUCAUUGGGAAGAUUUCUAAAUACUGGUCUGGAUUUGUAAAUGAUGUGUUCACUAAUGCCGAUAACUUUGGAAUAGAAUUUCCAGCAGACCUUGACGUGAAGCUGAAAGCUGCUUUGAUUGGCACCUGCUUUCUUAUAGACUUGAUGUACUUUGAGCAAUCAUCAGAUGGCAUAUGAAAAUGUUAAGAGGAACUAUUUAUCACUGAAAUCUGAACUGUGUAUAAAGAAGAAGGAACUGAGGAAAUAUACAAUCACAGGGGAAAAAGAAGAAAAGAAAAAUACACAAUAGUUUAACGGGAACAGACAGUAAGGACGUUUGUCAAUAAAAUGUACAUUAAAUGCCUGAAACAAUAGAACUUGCAUUACACACAAUUGGCAUCUGUAUGUAUUUAGUUUUUUGCCUAAAAUGUUUUUAACAAGUUGAU